AUGCGAUCGGCGCAGGUGGGCGCGGCGAGCGGGUCACGGAAGAGGGGAAAGGGCAAGAUGAUAAGUGUUGAUGAGAUGGAAAGAGAGGUCCCUCGAGAUGGAUGUAGACCGAUGACACAGGAUGCACGGUGGAUGAAGGAGCUCGAGGCCGACGAGGCGAGAGGGGUGGGAAAGAAUUGGAAGGGUGAAGGGGGAGGGGGGGAGAGGGAGAUCAGAAGUGAGAGAAAAGAGGCCGGAACGGUCGAGUGCUAG